AUGAAGCAUGUAAGGCAUUUCGCCCCAUCUUUAUUUCUCAAUUUGGUGCAUGUUUGCCUGGCAACUCAGGCAAAUUAUGCCCCCUACUUCUUUGAUAAUGGAGCCAGCAGCACUAAUGGGAACAUGGCACUUCUCAGCCUUUCAGAAGACACACCUGUUGGUACACAUGUGUACACUCUGAAUGGAACCGACCCAGAAGGAGAUCCUGUGACCUACGGAAUGACCUAUGAAACUGGGUCAAGAAGUUACUUUGCCAUUGACACAAACUUGGGCAAUGUCACCUUGAUUGAGGAGCUUGACAGAGAGAAAGAAGAUGAGAUUGAAGUUAUAGUCAGUAUUUCAGAUGGCCUGAGUACAGUUGCUGAAAAAGUCCGAAUCCUUGUUACAGAUGCUAAUGAUGAGAGUCCAGAGUUUAUCAACACACCUUACAUAGUCCAAGUCCCAGAGAACACUCCCUCUGGGAGCAGUAUCUUUAAGAUCGAGGCAGCGGACAAAGACACGGGUUCCGGGGGAAGUAUCACCUACUUCUUGCAGAACAUCCGUACUAAUAAGUUUACCAUAGACCGACACAGUGGUGUUCUUCGCAUCAAAACAGGGAUCACUCUAGACUAUGAAAAAUCAAGAACUCAUUUUGUCACCGUGGUAGCAAAGGACGGUGGUGGGAAGCUCAGGGGAGACAACAAGGUGUUUUCAGCCACAACCACAGUCACUAUCAAUGUGGAAGAUGUUCAGGACACCCCUCCCAUGUUCAUUGGGACUCCCUACUAUGGCUAUGUCUAUGAGGACACCCUGGCGGACUCUGAGGUACUAACAGUCGUUGCUCUUGACGGUGACCGAGGAAAGCCUAAUAAUAUUCAUUACUGUCUUGUGAAUGGAAGUGAAGGAUCUUUUGAAAUAAAUAAUACGACUGGAGCUAUUUCUGUUAUAAAAAACCCAAGUAAACUAAAGAAAGAAGUGUAUGAACUAAAAAUUCAGGCAUCAGAAAUAAGUCUAGAUGGUGAUGUGACGGCAUAUGCUUUUGCCACAGUGACUAUAAGGGUCGUCGACCUCAACAACCACCCACCAACUUUCUAUGGAGAAAAUGGGCCCCAGAAUCGGUUUGAAUUGACAAUGUAUGAGCACCCACCCGAGGGUGAAAUCCUGAGGGGCCUGAAAAUUACUGUCAACGAUUCAGAUCAGGGGGCCAAUGCUAAAUUCAACCUCCGGCUAGUUGGACCCGGUGGCAUUUUCCGAGUUGUUCCCCAAACCGUCCUGAAUGAGGCUCAGGUUACCAUAAUAGUGGAGAACUCUGCUGCCAUAGAUUAUGAGAAGUUCCAGUUGUUAACCUUUAAGCUUCUUGCCAUAGAGGUGAACACUCCUGAGAAAUUUAGCUCAACAGCGGAUAUAGUGAUACGUCUCUUGGACACCAAUGACAACGUCCCAAAGUUCUCAUCUGACUAUUACAUUGCCAGGAUUCCAGAGAAUUCCCCAGGCGGGUCCAACGUAGUGGCUGUAACAGCUACAGACCCAGAUUCGGGACUCUGGGGAGAAGUCAAAUACUCCAUAUAUGGAACAGGAGCUGAUCUAUUUCUAAUCCAUCCAUCAACAGGAAUUAUUUAUACCCAGCCAUGGGCCACAUUAGAUGCUGAAGUCACUGCAAAGUACAACUUCUAUGUGAAGGCAGAAGACACAGACGGGAAGUAUAGCUUGGCUGAGGUAUUUAUCACUGUGCUAGAUGUCAAUGACCAUUCUCCAGAGUUCAAUGAGAACAUCCAGGAAAAGACUAUGAUCAUUGGAUCACCAGUGAAAAUAGAGGCUAUAGAUCAAGAUGCAGAAGAACCCAACAACAUUGUAGACUAUUCCAUUAUGCAAGCAGAUCCAGCCAAUGUAUUUGAUAUAGAUCAAAGCACUGGGGAAAUAAAGCUGAAGUCCUAUAUCAGGUCCCUGGAUAUCAUUCACAACAUCACCAAGAACAAAGACUGCAUAUGGUCUGUGGUAGUCCAAGCCAAGGACCGGGGCUCCCCUUCAUUUAGCACGACGGCAGUGCUGAAGAUUGAUAUCACAGAAGAGAUCAAGUCAAGGACUCUUCACAAAGGGCCAAUGGCCGCCUUUUUGAUGCAAACUAAAGAUAACCCCAUGAAAGCCUUAGGAGUGCUAGCUGGUGUCAUGGGCGUAAUGGUGGUGAUCACAGUCAUGAUCUCUACUGCCAUGUUUUGGCGCAAUAAGAGAUCCAACAAAAUCAUGCCGGUGAGACGGAUCAUAAAAAAGAGACAGAUCCACCAACCCACGACGGUCAGGAUGGAGUGGCUGAAAUUCAAGUGGUCCAGCAAUCCUGCCGAGAAGUUUGCCAUUGAGGAUGACACAAAGAGUCUGCAGAAUGAGAACAGCAACAAUAACGUCCAGCUUCUUUAGGGCACCAUUUACAAAACAACAGUGAGCAGCGUUUGCACAGCUCUACUCUAGAGAACAGACCCUGACCCCACGAACAGUGAGGUAACAUCAGAACCGCACAGGGAGGAGAACUCUGUAUUGGUACACAAAUGUCUGUGAUGACUUGAAGUAAUGAUCUGUACAUUUCAUUUGUUAUAUUUCUGAAUCUGUUUAUACAACAUUUCAUAAAGGACCAAAAGCUAAUAACUAUUGUCUGGACCCCUGUCUUCAUGAUGAUGUAUUUUUGGCAGUAUUUAUUGUUCAUUCUAAUAUGAUG